AUGGACUGUUGCGAACAGCGCAAUGACAAGCAGGAGAGACAAAAUGGUUAUGCUAACCCGACGAUUGUACAGUCUUCCCCUCGUCCCGCCUCUCCCGUUAACUCGCCCGCCGCGGCCUCUGGCGCGAGCGUCGCCCGCCCUUCGUCGCCCACUCCCCCCGGUGGACCUCGCACUGCCAUCCGCCGCCGCGCGGCCGCCGACCAGAAGGAGAAGAUCGCCAAUGCGCGCCCCAACAGCACGAGGGCCGCCGGUGCUGGCGGCAGCAGCAGCACGAUGCUGAGGCUGUACACCGACGAGUCUCCCGGUCUCAAGGUCGACCCCGUCGUCGUCCUCGUCCUUUCUCUCGUUUUCAUCUUCAGCGUCGUUGCCCUUCACAUCAUUGCCAAGAUCACCCGCAAAUUCUCCAGCUAA